AUGAGGGAUCAGAUAGACCAGCUGGCCACCAUCACGGUUUUGGGAGUCCUGGAGCAAGGUAAAUGCCCUUUAUACAAUGCUCGCUUUGCUAAACAAACACUGCUGGACUGUUACCAUUCCUGUGUUGUUCUGUUUUUAGCCUAUUUUGCACUGCAGGUGAUCUAUGCCCGUCGGAAGUACAAGAUCUCCCCUCCUGAAACAACAGGUCACCCUGAGUUUGAGCGGAUCUUCAGAGCUCAGGCAAACUGCUCAGAGUACUUCCCAAUCUUCAUUUCGCUCCUCUGGAUUGCUGGAAUCUUCUUCCAUCAAGAUGUGACUGUGGCAUGUGGGCUGCUGUACCUCUACACCCGCCUCAAGUACUUCCAGGGAUACACCGUGGCUGCGCAGGGACGCUUGGGACCAAUGUAUGCCAGUGCCUUGCUGCUCUGGCUGCUGCUGGGGCUGGCAAUGGCCGGGCUCCUGGUACACUUCCUGCAGCCCCACUCCUCCACAUGAAUGGCAGCACUGGCACAGCCCCUCCAGCAACACAGUGCCCAGUGAGAGGGGCCAUGGCUCUCCCAAAAACGGUCGGCUGGCACAGUCAGGGAGUGAGUACCUCCCUGGCUCUGUGGUCCCCUCUGAAGGGAGGCUGACGCUGGCACUCCUCUGCUCUUCAGAGAUCAUGGGAAGAAAAUGCUGUCCAGCUCCUGCUUCACUGCUGGGUUUUGUAGCACUAUCUGCUCUAAAAUGCCUUUGGCUCUGCCUCGUGGAGCACAGAUUGACCCGCAUGCUGUCAUCUCUCCUCCUUACUGCUGUAAUGAUCUGUGUUGGAAGGAUCACAUCAU